GACAAUUCGAACAGUUUGAGCUGAGGCUGCUUGGAGUGAGGACGGGUCGUCGUCAUCGAAAGAUAAUUCAGAACCGCUGCAUCUAGUAUAGGAGGCCAGACAACAACAGUAUUUGUUUAUAUUUCCACAUAGACCGCAUAUUAAUAAAUUAUGAAAUCAGAGGCGUUGCACAAGUUGCUGGCUUUCUAUCCGCUGCUGAUAGUCUGCGCGUGGAGCCACCCAUUGAAUCUUAAUGAACAACAACCAACCAAUCAACAAAUGCCGCCAGUUCAACAACCCGUUAUCUUAAUUAAACAUAAUAUAAGUGCGGAUGAUGCGAAGAAUUAUCAUAUAACCAUACCCAAGGAUCCUAAAGAGGGGGAGCCUUGUCUAACGAUCACUUGGAAGACCAAUCCGGAUGGCAGUGGACCCGGUGAACCGGAAAUCUUUAUGGGAAAUGGUUACUUCGGAAUAAUUCCACAAGUAGCACAAAGACAGCAAGGGCAAUAAACCAAACCCAAGUUUUUAUUUAUUUAUGGACAUUUUGUGAGUGAACAAAAUUAAGAAUACGAUGUGUUGGUUAUCCUAAAAACACAUUAAAGAAUGUAAUGCAAAGCAACUCUUAAAGUAAGUCCUGUAAUAAAAAAUAAUAGAGUCAGUACCUGCCUUUUAAAUCCUUCUAUGUAAAGUGUAAAGGGAUACAUUAAAAAUUGUGCAAAGCCCCUUAAAA